GUCUGAGAAUCAUGACGGCACAACGUCCACCCUAAUACCUGAAUUGUAUUGGACUUACCUUUCAUUUGUUGGGGUUAUUAACUAACGCUCUAAAAUGUAUAAAUUAGGGGAAAUGUAGAUAUGUUUUCAAUCCUAAUCCAAAAUGAUGUGAGUGCUGCAUGCAGAGGGGUUGUUGGGGCUGCUCAGCCCCUGCUAGAGGUGGUCGCCAUGAAACUGUUGUUGCUGAGGGACUACGGUUGACUUGCGACUUGACGUUGAUUCCCACGACCUCUCUACACACACGCACGCACACACACACACACACAAUCACCCCCCACACACACGCGCACACAAACACACGCACCAAUCCCACGCACGCGGGCGCACAAACACACACACACACACAAACACAGAGAUCGCGCUGACAUGUAGCCUACUAUGCAUUUGUUGCUUACGCGCAAAGGAAGAAGCAGGCAAGAGGAGAGUGAGAGUCUUGUUGCAUCACUUUUAGUGAAGGCUUUUCUAAUCUGGAGCUCGGAGGAGCAGCAUGAAGGAAGAAGAUCUGAUCUGAGGAGGAACAGGGCGAACUUGGGAAAAACAAAUCCCGGGAUAUCAUGAACUCAUGGGUUGUGUUUCAUUCUUAUAAGAACCAUCUUCAACGGAUUGACAUCCAAAACAAGGCAAGUCUACUAACUUUAUUCGAUUUCUGCCAAAGAGGAGCGUCAGCUUCUCCGUGUAUCGUUGUAGCUGUUCAACGAUGCUUGUUUGUAUAAAUAUUUACUGUAGCUGUCGACAGUUCCAGAGUCCACGCCACGAAACAAAUAUGUUAAGAUUGUCAUUUAAGACGUUGUGGUUUUCAAACUGCUUUAAUUGUUCAGUCUUUCCCAUUCGAUGGGUUAAUUCAAUUAUGGCUUCUGGAAAGUCCCAGCAGUGUAUGGGACUAUUUCUUUGUAAGAUCAUGCAGUCACAGGAUCGACCACACACCAUAACCAAGACGAGCCUAUCCGUCUCUUUCUCCUAGGGUUAAAUGACUUCGACCCCUUAAUGUGUGUUCGGCGGCUGGUUAUAAUGGGCGCCGACGUGUGUGUGUGUGUGUGUGUGUGACUCUGUCCCCGUGACUCACGGCUCUCGUCAAUGUGUCGACGCGGCGGACAGCCCAACAAUUUCAUUCUUUACGGCAAACAAAUACUAUUUCCACUAACUAACAACAAAAUGGGGUAAUCUCAAACUCUUUCCUGCAGUGUUUGGGGAGAGAAUGACGACCACUGAGCCCAGUAGAGCAGCCAGCCCUGUGCCCAGCACCUCCUCAUCCCCCAGCCAGGCGCCCUGCUCCGCCUGGCCCCCCCUCGCCUGCCUCCAGAGGAGGAAAGAGAAGCUGUGCCGGACCGACCUGCCGGUGCGCUCGGCCCCGGGGGUGUGGCUCCUGGUGGGCGUGGGCGUGGUGCUGGUGGGGAUGUGCGUGGCGGUGGCCGGCUACGCCUCCGCCUCCUCUGCGCCCAAGCCCUUGCAGGGCGGCCGUGGGACGUCCCACUCCGAACGCAUGAAGCUGGCCGGGCCGGUGGUGAUGGGCGUGGGCCUGUUCAUCUUCAUCUGCUCCGCCACGCUGCUGUACGAGAACCGUGACAGCGCGCUGCUCACACUGCGGCCGGCGGGUCCCGGCGACGGGGCCCCGGUGCUGGGGGACGAGGAGGAGGGCUGCUCGCCGCGGCGGCCCUGCUGCAGCUGCCGGGACCGCAGACACCGGCCCCACCGCCGCUGCUCUGGGGACCCGGAGCAGGGGUCCUGGGCCUCGUCGCUGUCCCUCGCCCCUUCCCUCUGCGGGGACCACAGCGAUGAGGACCACGAUGAUGUGGACCCGGGAUCAUCCAGCCCCGGGAGAGGUCACGGGGUCAUCGCGGUCUCCCUCGCUCCGGGGGGGCAGGGCGGCGGACAGGGGGAGUCACCGGAUAGCGGAGAGGCUCAUGGAGGAGGAGGAGGAGGAGGAGGAGGAGCAGAGGGCCAGCAGGUGGGGGUGAUGGUGGUAGAGGUGGAGGUGGAGGAGGUGGGGGGCGGGAGACUCUUGACCUGUGUGGUGCAUCAUCAGGAGCCCCCCGGACCCUCCUCCCAAACCCUUCCCUCCUCCACCCUGGACUCCUGCAACUCCAGUGAGAUCGACUUCGACAUACGAACCCUCCUUACCCCUCCCCUCCCCUAGGGAGAGCAGAGGACCCUCUCAGUGGGACGUAUGGCAAUCAGGCCCCAUCACGUCUCUACUCUGUCCUGCUACGAUACACGCUGUACAGUGGAUGAGAAGGAGAUGAGCUUUUGAUGGGGAAACACACUGAGGGUCCCUCAGUGAACGUUUGUCUGAGGACACUCUGUACUGACACACCCGUCCUUUAUAUUGACUCGGCUCUAGAGGCUGCGGAAGGCCAUUCCUGGGGAGAGAGAGGGCGGGACUUCUGAGUACGCGUCAGAGGGAGCCAUAUCCGUUUGAGUUUGGCCGGACUUGCAAGAGAGAGAGAGAGAGAGAGAGAGUCCAUUACAUGUUUCACUUAUCGCUAUGUCAAAUCCUCUCAAAAAGCAUAUUUAUUCCCCUGUUUAUUUUUGGCUGUCAUGUGCUCAUUCGUCCUGCUCCAGGGAGUGUGA